AUGGCACAUGUAGAAAUCACAGGCUGCACCACACUGCUCACUCAGAGACACAUGCAGCAACUACCUCCCCUCUUCCUUUUGACCCUGGCUGGGUUGUGUUUUUCAGCAGCUCUUCCACAAACAGCAGCCCCUCUUUUUAAUAAACCGUUUGUGGUUAUAUGGAAUGCUCCUAUCUACAAAUGCAAUCAACUGCAGGUCCCAUUGGAUUUGGAUGUGUUUCAGGCAAUCACCACACCAGCCAAAGUCCCGAACCAAACACUGACUCUUUUCUACAAAAAUCGAAUAGGACUCUUUCCUUACGCAGAUGUUAAAACUUUGACACAGUACAAUGGUGGCAUUCCACAAAAGGGAAACUUAACUGCCAGUCUGCAAAAAGCCAAAAAAGAGUUCAACAAGUACACUCCAUCAUCUGCACCUGGCCUGGCUGUCCUUGACUGGGAGGAGUGGUUUCCUUUGUUUGAUCGAAAUACAGACUUAAGAGAGAUCUAUAAGGCAGUGUCCAUAAACUACACCCUUCAGCAGAAUCCCUCCCUUACAAGCAACCAAGCUACAUUUAUAGCCAAAGAGCAAUUUGAGAAAGCAGCCAGAAGUUUCAUGGAAGAAACAUUGCAGUUAGGAAUCUCACAAAGACCAAAUAUUUUCUGGGGCUUUUAUUUGUUUCCUGACUGCUACAACUAUGAUUUUGAGAAACCAAGCUAUACAGGGAGAUGCUCUCAGACCACAACACAGUUAAAUACUGAACUUCUCUGGCUGUGGGAGGCAAGCACUGCCCUCUUCCCAUCAGCAUACAUGCCUGUUUCUAUAAGUGGAACCCAGAAAGCAGCCCUAUUCAUCCGAAACCAGGUGCUAGAGGCAAAGAGAGUGGCAGUUAUUCCUCAGAGGCUCUACACUGCUCCUAUUUAUUUGUACUUGCGACCCCUUUUGCAAGAACAGAAGGAGCAAUACAUGAGAGAGUUUGGCUCUUCUCAGGUCGACCUGAUUCGGAGUAUUGGUGAGAGUGCAGCUCUGGGGGCUGCUGGAUGUGUGCUGUGGGGAUCUAGCUAUGAUUUCAAUGACAAGGCAUCAUGUGAAUCCCUUUCUACAUACUUGUCUAACAUGCUAAAUAAAUACAUCAUCAAUGUUACAACUGCAGCUGAACUCUGCGGUGAUCUGCUGUGUCAAGGUAAUGGGCGCUGUGUCCGUAAAACCUAUGAUUCAGAUGACUACCUACACCUCAACAUAAACAGCUUUAAUAUACAGAAGAUUAAUGGGAUGUAUAACGUCACUGGGGAACCUUCUAUCACUGACCUCACUGCCUGGGCUGACAAGUUCACUUGUCAGUGCUAUGAGGACAAGAAAUGCACAGGAUUGCCCUCAGGAUUUGAAUAUAGUGAUAGACGAUUCAUUGGACACCUGACAGUACUGCUUGCUACAUAUCUGCUAGGUGAAUUGUUGUAGUUUUCAAGAAAGUCACACAUUUUACACUAAAUGAAAUGAGGAAAUAAACAUUCAUAAAAAUAAACAUAAACAUUGAGGAAUUCAAUUCAACAUCUUAAGAACACUCAUUUCCUGUGCCGAAUCCUGCCAUUAUAAAUGACUGCAUUCCACUGAUUACUUGUGAUGUUUUAUCUUUAUAAGAUUUGAUGCUUCUUUAAAUGGUUGAAGUAAAUGUCCACUACUAUAUAAAUAAUGUCCAGUGUAUGUAAGGAAUAAUUAACUACGGGCCAUUUAAUUAUUAGAAAAUAAUGCACACUCGAUGAUGCAGAGAAGCCGUUACACAUCGGGUGUGCUUUAUUUUCAAAUAAUUCAAUGGACCAGAGUCAAUUAUUCCAUUUAUACCACAGUUACCACACCUCAAAACAUUGUUUGGGGUCUUUUCCUUAAAACACUCUUGUGUGUGGACCCAAUUUAUUACGCAUUGCAUGUCAAGUCUCCAUUGUUUUCUGUCAUUUUGUUUGUUGUUAGCACUGUGUGGAGUGGUAAAAGUAGGCUAAAUUUUCCAUUACUUCAGAACUACUUUAGCUGUGCAUUUACUGAAAAAUAAUUGUACUCUCAGAAUGUCUGGCAGCCAAUCAGAACUGAGAAUUCAACAGAGCUGUGGUAUAAAUUAUAUUAAUGUACUGCAGAUUAUAGCGCUUUGGCUUGUAGUAUGUCCAGUUACAGUUGCAAAGCAUCUGCCUCAACACUUGUGUGUGCUGUGAGGCUCUAGAUAUGAUUUUAAUGAUAAGGUAAUGCCUUGUGUUUUUAUAAAGCAUAUUAGUUUUUUUAUUCCAUUUUGUUUACCAAACAUGUGACCAUUAGAGCAGAUGAUGAGUGCUGUAUAAUACAAUAAAAAACAAAACAAAAGUCACACUAGCAAAUCCACCAAGGAAUGGUUCAAAAAGAAGAAAAGGAGGGGUAUGGAAUGGCUCAGUCAAAGCCCAGAUUUGAAUCCCAUUGAAAUGUUGUGGGGGACAGUACUUGCAAGAAAAUUCCUCAAACAUCUUGCAACUAAAAGAAUAUUACAUGGAAGAGUGGUCAGAAAUUCCAGCAAGCCUGGUGGACAAUUAUGCAAAAUGCCUACAAGAAGUUAUUUCUGCUAAAGGGGGCAAUACCAGCUUCUAAGGCCAAGGGUGUACUUACUUUUUCCACAUAAACAUAUUGAUCUAUUGAUAUUUCUGUUGAAUAAAUGAUUGAAAAAGCUAAUUUUCCUUGUGGUUUUGUUAAAGUAUAUCAACUUUAUUAACAGGCACUGUUUCAAAAAUGAUCAAAUGUUUGCUUGUCCAAAUAUGUCAAAAAGGCAACAAUUUCCAUGAGGUGCACUUAUUUUUUCACAUAACUGUAACUAAAUAAAUAAGCAUGUUGUCAAUGUUACGUCUGUGGCUGAACUGUGCGAUGAUCUGCUGUGUCAAGGUAAUGGCCACUGUGUCCAUAAAAGCUAUGAUGCACAUGACUACCUACACCAACAUAAACAGCAGAUUGUACUGAAUAUACAGAAGACUGAUGGGAUGUAUAAAGCCUCUGAGCAACCUUCCAUCACCAACCUGACAAACCUGGGCUGACACAUUCACCUGUCGGUGAUAUAAGUUAACUAAUUAAUAUAAGAUAACUGAAAGGAAAUUCUCUUAUACCAUGUACUCUCUUAUAUUAUGAACUGCUUUCAAAUACCUAUGAUGAAUGUAUUCAUUUGAUUACCUUGUAUUCAUUUGAUUACCUCUUUAAAUAAGCUGAUCAACUGCUAUCCUUGAUUAUAUUAUUAUAUAUUUCCGUGUGAGCAUGACACAGGACUUAUUUUGUAUUAUAACUAUGUGUUGUGUGUUUUGUUUAAAUCUGUCUGACACCUGGACCAGUAGAAACCGUCCACGCACUGCUUCUUAUCAAUGUGUAUAAAUACUCUUGUUUUGCAUGAAAUAAACGAGAAAUCUCUGUGAACAUU